GUCUCUCCUCCCACCGAUGAUGGCCUGUCCUAAACACAAGAGAAAAACAAAUGUCACAUACAAAGAGACGUAAAUAUUACCGUGUGCUCUCUGUUAGCGACGACUGAUCUGUUCAUAUUUCCGCUGACCGUUCAACCCCAGACGAAGAUGGUUUCUCCUGUCACUGUGGUCAAGAGUGAGGGUCCAAAGCUUGUUCCGUUCUUCAAAGCCACUUGUGUCUACUUUGUUCUAUGGCUGCCCACCUCAAGCCCCUCCUGGUUCAGUGCCCUCAUCAAAUGUCUCCCCAUAUUCUGCCUUUGGGUUUUUCUGCUAGCUCAUGGCAUCAGCUUUUUAGGUGCCCACUCCAGUGCCAGGAAAAUCCUGGCAGGACUUAUUUUUUCAGCUUUGGGUGAUGCAUUUCUCAUCUGGCAAGAACAAGGCUACUUUAGUCAUGGAUUGCUAAUGUUCGCCAUCACCCACAUUCUCUACUCUUCAGCCUUUGGGAUGAAGCCUCUCAAUUCGAGAGCAGGUCUGAUCAUUGCUGUCAUCUCCGGCUUCAGCUAUACCCUACUUUAUCCCUACCUCUCUGGUCCGUUUACCUACUUGGUGGCUGUUUACAUUGCCCUCAUCGGCUUCAUGGGCUGGAGGGCCAUUGCUGGUGUUCAGUUCGCAAAUGACCUCUGGACCUGGACAAAACUGUCAGCCUGCCUGGGUGCCGUCCUCUUCAUGGUCUCCGACCUCACCAUUGCUGUCAACAAGUUCUGCUUUCCAGUUCCACACUCUAGAGCCAUCAUAAUGGCAACCUACUAUGCAGCACAGAUGUUGAUCGCACUUUCAGCUGUAGAAUGCCAAGAUGCUGAUACGUCUUGGAAAAGAGCCUGAGGAGCCACACAUUAAUCAACCUUCCCUUAGUGACUCAGCAUUGUUAGAAGCUGAACAGGUUCAAGUACCACUUCCUGAAUCCCCUAGUCCCUCCACAAUCCCCCCUGUCUAAACAUGUCUGGGAUAUAUAGGUUACUAUUGACCAGUUAUUGUAGACCAAUGCGGGAAUUCAUGCUGGAUUCAUGUACAAGUUUGGAUAGUCUUGAUCAGCUUCUUGACUUAGGUAUUCUCCAUAAUUCUGUGUUAACGCCUUUGUUCCUUUCAUUUUGUAGUAGUGCUAUCAUUUUUGGUAUCUUGAAAGGAGAGACUUCUGAUUACUAGUUCCAAAAUAUUCAGUUUUUAUGCAACUCACUUUAUGUCCAUACCGAAUAAGUUCUACAUUACAACUUAAACCAUCUGUCCACUUCAGAUAGAUCUUCAUGGCUUGUACUGUGAACAAAGAGAAUCUUGAGUGACUAGUGUUUAUCAGGCCCACAAAAUGGACCGGCAAAUAACACAAGUGUGUAGAGAGCUGGUUUCUUGUCAUUUCAUACUAGGGCAGAUAUAUUAGCAUAAGGUGUUGCUGUACUGAAAAUUAAUGCACAUUUUUUUGUAGUAGAAUUGUGAGAUAAACCUUCUGUUUAUCUUGUGUCAUUGACAUUUUUUCAUGGCUUAACACACAAUCCUCCAUGCAUCCAUACAAAUUGCUGGACAAGUGGCUGGACUUAGUGUCUUUUCAAGCCCAACUGACUGCAAUCAAUGUUCACUUUGUCUCUAGAGUAGAGAAAUCCCAUAUUUUUUAAGUGUUGAGACGUGACCAAUGCUAAUAUGAAAGGAUAGGUCAAUCUCAUAGAAAGGGAAGGCGUUCUCCUGUUGAGUUUAUUCAGUGUCAGUGUCUGUUAUCGUUUUCUUAGGUUUCUGCCAAGUCAGCAGCAUAGCUCAUUUCUGCCACAAGUCUCACUUUUUAUUUUCUCUGUGAAGUAUCAUAUAAUGUUUGUGAAGAGGGCGGGAUGUCAGGUUAUACACAUGUAUCUUCCAU